AGCCUGGUGCUCGCGCCUGUACAACCUCAGGAAACUUCAAUUUCACGACUAGACUCGAAUGCUUGUAACAUCGGUGUGCAAGAGAUUGAUAAGAGCCCAUUUUCGUUCUCGAAGGGUUGAUCGGAGCUUCGAAAUAGCAGACUAUGAGGCCUGAGAUCGUUCUAUUUGGGGAUUCUUUGACUGCGCAAUCCUUCGGCUCAGGCGGAUGGGGAGCUGCGCUUGCUGACACUUACUCUCGGAAGGCCGAUGUCCUAGUUCGUGGCUACGGCGGAUACAAUACUCGAUGGGCUUUGUUUUUACUUCAUCACAUUUUUCCAUUGGAUAUCCCAAAGGCCCCCAUUGUUGUGACAAUUUUCUUUGGGGCCAAUGAUGCAGCUAUUUUUGGGAGAACAAGUGAGAGACAACACGUACCUCUUGACGAGUACAAGGAUAAUCUUAAAAAGAUGGUAAAUCAUUUGAAGGAGUACUCCCCAACCACGUUGGUGAUACUUAUUACUCCUCCUCCUGUCGACGAGGACGGGCGUAAUGAAUAUGCACGAUCUCUUUAUGGUGAUAAAGCAAGGGAAUUGCCUGAGAGAUCAAAUGAAGUAACUGGACUUUACGCGAAACAAUGCCUUGAACUAGCUAAGGAAAUGGGUCUUCUCGCCAUUGAUCUAUGGUCCAAGUUGCAGGAAACAGAGGGCUGGCAGAAAAAAUUUCUCAGGGAUGGAUUGCAUUUCACGCCAGAAGGCAACGUAAUUCUGCACCAAGAACUAGAGAAAGUACUGAAUGAAACAUCAGUUUCUGCUGCAAAAUUGCCUCUUGAUUUCCCACAUCACUCAGAAAUCGAUGGAAAAAGCCCCGAAAAGGCCUUCCAAUAUCUUUCUUUGUGAUAUACUUUCAUCAUCAUAUCAUAUCUUGUUAUGGAAGAAAGCUUUAUUUGUAUUUGCAUUUGAUUGUAAACCAUAAUUUUCUGUCUUCCAUUUGGUAUCAUCUUGUUUGAUGAGUAUGAAUAUUAAAUAUUAGAGACCAAAAUGUGUUUAUUUGAAAUAAUUCUUUUAAUGUUUAAUUAUUAAUAAA